AUGGAUACUAUCAAGGACCUCCUAGAGAAAUCCGGAGGUCCGGAUUAUAUAAUGGUUUGGAUCAAAUACUUCACUAAACCAUUUACAAUCAAAGAGGCCCAUGCAAAAUCCAAGUCUCCCUUCGAUAAUUUUAUUUCUUCGUUCAAUUAUACGCCUACACCGCUCCAAAACAUUGCUCAAUUACUUAAAACGCCGCAAACUCCUACGGAGCUAAUAAAUACUUUCGCAAAUCUUUUCAAUUUAAACGAAAUUCCAAUUCUUCAUCAUCUAUUUUUCCUUCACUCGUGGUUUGAGUCUCGUAUUGAAGUUCAGCGUUCAAAUUUUAUCAACAAUAUUGAAGAUUUUUUCGUUCGAAGCUUUAUUUGCGUUUCAUAUCAAUUUCGUAAUUUAUUGCCAGCAGUUUAUCAAGGCAAUACAUGUACAGAUCUACCAGAGAAUUGCUGGGGACUAAUUUCAGAAGCAGCAUCUAUCAUAUUUUCAUUCAAUUCUGUGGAAAUUCAAGACGCUUAUAUUUUGAUUAACUAUUUCUUUACAUCUUUUCAAAAUCUUCAGAUAAUAUUCAGGCUUUCUUCCACGAACUAUAUCCGAAAUGCUAUACAAAAACUCGGAAUUAUUUUAGUUCCAUAUCUAAAUUUAGAACAAACAGAGUUUGCAAAGUCAUUACUUGCAUUUUUAAGCAAUAUAUUCCAUGAAUGGACCGUUGUUUUCAAAAAGGAUGCCGAUUUAAAUGAUUAUUCCCUUUUCACAUCUGCAUUUUUGAAUACAGCCAUCGAAGUGUUUUUUCUCUUCCAGGAAACGCAAGUUAGUGAAAUAAUAACUGAUUUAUCCUCUAUAAUUCAAUACCUUUUGACUUCAAAAGACUUAAAUGACUCAAAUUUCCAGUUAAUUACAACAUGUUUUCGAUUUCUGACCCAUAGUACGUCAUUUAUCAAUAAAAGUCCAAUACUUAUUGCUGUUGUUAAUGAUCUUUCCUUAGUUGCUAUCACUUAUUUCACAGAUUUUCAUGUAAAAAUACUUCCUCAAGAAGAUCCAUCGGAUAUGAGUUUAACAACAUGUUUGAACAACUUCGCAAAGAAUUCUUUAUCGAAAAAAGGUUGUUUAAUUUUAAAUCAGGCAAUUUACCUUAUUUUCGCUGAAAUGAGGAAAUAUGUCACAAACUUAGAGGAUAAAUCAUCAGUUUUGGUUGAACUGGCAACAAGAAAUCUUCAAGUUACUGAUGAAAUUUCUUUACCAGAAAAAUCUUUUUCAUUAUUAAUUGCUUUAUCGUAUUUGAAGAUUACUAACUUUGAAUAUGUUGCAAAUCUACUCAAAAGUAUACCUUUCCAUAUCUUUUUCCCUUAUCCUUUGAAAUAUGAAGAAAGAAUUCAAGAAUAUCAGUCUGCUUUCCUACAUUUUAUAUUCCUGUUUGUCCAAAACAACCCGAAAUACCAGGAUUUAAUGUUUGAUUUCCUUCCAAAAAUGUAUCCACCGGAAAAAUUUGAUUUAAUUGUUUAUUUCAUACCUUUAUUCAGAUCAUUUGUUCAAGUACAGAACAAAAGAUUCCUAGAAACACAAACUUUUAUAUUAAUUUCUGAAGUUAUUUCGCCAAACCGCGGAAGAGCCUACAAUGUACAAGAAUCAACUUUAGAUCAGCUAAUACAAUUCUUAGUAGCAUCGUGUUUGUUCGCAAAUGACCAUACAUUGAUAGAAUCAAUUUUGGAUGUUCUUAUUCCAACUUCUGCUUUGAUUCAUAAAAGAUACUAUCACUUUUUCAAGCCAGUAUUGAAGCACGAGUUUGAUUUAGUCCAUAAUGUUCAGUUUUUCAAUGCAGUUUUGAAUUAUAUUUCAAUAAUUUUAACUUGUAUUGAAAAUAACAGCCAUAUGUAUGAAAUAGUUUAUUUUAUAUUCGAAUCCUUCUUGAAUGGCAUCACAAAGUUCCCCGUUGAUAAGAAUAUUUUGAUCAAAUCCAAAAUUCUGACUUUAUUCGCUCAAACAAUUGUUACUUUCAAGUCAAACAAGUUGUUCUACAUAUUCAUGCAGAUAAUUGACUAUUUGGAUAGUAUUUAUCCGCAAUUUACUUUAAAUAAUUCGCCACAAGUUUUUGAGAUACUUAAAAACGCUCAUCCACUUGAUUCUCUUGAUAAAGAACUCAUACAUUUAAUAGAAAAGUACGCUUACGAUACAGAUUUUCAAACAUAUAAAAUUUAUAAACCAAAAGCUGUAAAUUUCUUAUUAAAAUUAGUCGAAGACACUGAAUUCGAGGAUGAUGUUAUGACAUCUCUAUGCGAACUCUGUUCAAACAAUGCUUCCAGCGCAUAUAAAUUAUUUUCUAAUAAUUUAUUGAGCGAAUUGCUUGAAAGACUCUCUAAUUCUAUUUUCUUCAAGGCACUAACAUUGUUUUCUAUAAUUGCAUCACAAUAUUUCUCACCAAUCGUGAUGAGAGACAUAAUUAAAUUAUUACGAACUACAGAGAACGAAGGAUUGAAAAUUGCAGUUGCUAAUUGUCUUCUAGAUCUAGUAAGCAGGUCUCAGAAGUGUCCAGUUUCUUCUUUCUUCAAUUUUACUGAAGAUGAUAAAAUUGAAUCGGUUCAAUACAAUUUACCAUUGCCAUUUUCAGUUGCAUUUUGCUUUAGAGUCAAUAAGAAAGGACUUGUGAGCUCAAGAACCAUAUUUUCCAUUCAAAAUGGAAAGAAAAUUCUUAAAUUUAUGAUAACAGAGAAAAAUAACAUAUGCCUUGAGAUAAACAACAAGAACAAGAUAACACAAUUCAUAGGAGAACAAGUUUCAAAGCAAAAAUGGCAUACAAUUGUUUUUAUUUUGAAACAAACUUCAUAUGAAUUUGUUUACGACCAAUCAACAUAUGUUAAAGAAAUUUCUUUGACCAAAUUCGAUGAAAAUUCGGUAAUUUCGUUUGAUGAUUCAAGAGAACAUAAAUUUCAUGGAGAUAUCGGGCCAAUAUUCUUCAUGAAGACAGAGAAACUCCAAACAGCUGUAGAACAAGCUCACGAAUCAUUUAUCAGCAAAGAUUUCCCAAUUUCUUGUAUUUUAGGUUAUCUUCCAACGAAUGUCAGUGAAGGAAUGAUGAGCGGUGUGCUGAAGAACGAGAUAUCGAUAUCAGCAGAAAUUGUUCCUUUCGUGUCUUCUUUUGUCGACGUAAUUAAAUUUGAUUCGAUUUUCCCAUUAACUUUGCCAUUGAUGCUCAUUGAUAACGGUAAACAAGGAAACCUUUAUUUAAGGUCCCUUUUCGGACUUACUGUUUCAAUGAUCACGAAAGAUGAAAAAAUGGAAAAGUUUUUCAGAGAUUCAGGCGGUUUCAGAGUAUUUUCAAGUAUUUUGAAGCAUACACCUAACGCUUUGACCUUUGAUAUCGUUCAUGACAUUAUGUUGAUAUAUAAGAACGUAUCAGCAGAAUCAAAGCAUGAUUUGGUGAAGUAUAUGAUCUUGAACUACGAUGUAUGGAUGGGAAAAGACAUUUAA